AUGAGUAUUGAAAUCACAGAGACAGAUCUUAACCAGGCCUUUGAAGACCUCAAAGCCGGCGAAUUCUCAGCAAUUACUGUUGUAGUUGGUGCUUCUAUUGAAGAAAAGCCAGAAUUACUCGAAAAAGCUGCUGAAAUUAUCUCAUCUUCAAUUGAUCCAACAAACUGGAGUAAAUAUGAAAAGGAAUUUGAAGCAUUAGUCCUUGCUGGUUUUGAUAAUAACAAAAUUUUCAAACAAUUCGAUAAAAUUUUUGCUCGCAAAGAUAUGGCCGCUUUUUCACAAUACAUUGCAGAUCUUGUCGCUAGAUAUCUUUCAGUUCAUUCAACCCGUGUUAUUGAUUUAGAAUUAUACAUUAGUUCUCACGCUGCUCAAAAUUCACCUGCAUUCUACGAUUAUGUCAUUCAAGCUCUCUACGCACAGCUUCAAAUAGAUAUGCAUACAGAUAAAUUCUCAGAAAUUGAGGCUGCUUUCGUUCGUUUUGUUGAUUUUGAGCCACAAGUCACUCUUUUCAAAGUUAACGAGCUUAUGAAGCAAUCAUUCAUUGAAAUGACCAACGUACUUCGUGAUGAGUCAGGAGAAAAGAUGGGAAACAGUGCUUUCUUCAAUAGAAUCCAUCUUUGGUCCAACUUCGCAUUCAGAUCAGAAAGUUUCACUCAGGCUUACGUUACAAUCAUUGUACAUGCACUCCGUGCUAAGUCUUUGAAGCUAAAUCCAUUACGUAUCAAAUUAAUCCAAAUACUUGUUAAUCAUAAUGAAUUCCUUGCUCCUUUGACAUCCUGUGCCAAGGUUCUCUUAAAAUCUCGUUCACACAAGACAGGAGAAGCCGUAGAAUUUGAAUUUGAUAAUUUAUAUCUUUCCACAAAGGAAAUUGGUCGCACACAGAAGUACCAAGACGAAGUUUAUAACAGAUCAUUCGAUUUGCUCAAGAAAUGCUUGUUCGGUCUCCGUAAUAGAAUCGCAUUUCCAGAAAUCGCGGCUCCAAUUGUCCGCUCGCUCGAAAUGAUGAUUGCUGAUGACACAUAUAAGCAGAAUGUCAAGCAAUUAACUAAAUUCAAGGAUGCAAUUAAAGAAAAUGCAACUUGGAUUGAGUGCGCACGCGAAAAGGCUGUCCAGAAGGAUGGUUUCAACAUUAUAGAGAAUACAGAAAUUGAAGGAACUGCUCCCUUCAAGAUUAAAUAA